GUGGUAUUCUUAGGGGCCGAUUAAUGAGAGAACUGAUGCAUCCAGAAAGGUAAAGCCAUGGAAACUUUACUUGGUCUGCUACCCUCAUCAGGGUCUAAAAGUCAGGCCAGCAAGAAAAUUGACUAUAAGAAAAGGCAAGACAAGGUUGCUGGUGCAAGAUUCCUUCAUGAAUGUGGAAUGAAACUGGAUGCCAAGGUAAUGACGGUGGCGUCUGCGUCCGUGCUGUUCCAUCGGUUCUUCCGCGAGGUCAACACGACUGACUACGACGUCUACCUGAUUGCCGGCUCCUGCCUCUACUUGGCCGGGAAGCUAGAGGACCAAACACUGAAGGCCCGUGACGUCAUCAACGUGACCCAGGCGACGCUGAGGCCGGGUGGGCGGCCACUGGAUAUGGACGAGGCCUACUGGAACCUGCGUGACGCCCUGGUCCAGGCUGAGUUACUGGUACUCAGGAUGCUGCGGUUCAACACGGACUUUGAACAUCCUCACAAGUACCUGUUACACUACAUGGUGUCACUGGAAGACUGGCUGGGGGACGUCGUGUUCCACCGGCUGCCGCUCAGAAGAACCGCCUGGACUCUGCUCAGGGACUCGUACAUGGAUCCGUUUAUUCUGGACGUGAAGCCGCAGUGGCUGGCGCUGGCCUGCAUCCACGUGUCACUGCAGUGUUACGGCCUCAACGUACCCGGCUCCGUGGAGGGCGGCAAAACGUGGUAUGAGACGAUGUGUCCCUCCUGCAGCCGCGAGACGCUCUGGAACGUGACGGAGAAGGUGUUGGACGUCUACGGCCAGGAGCAGCAGCUGUUCAGCGUGCCCGUUGGAUCCGUCAGCAGCGCCGUCUACUCGUAACCUCUACUCGUCCACAAGUUCGACUCGUGACACCGUCUACUCGUAACCCCUACUCGUCCACAAGGUCGACUCGUAACGGGGUCUACUCAUCUGUGCCGCUCACAUCAUCCAAUCACACAUGGUCGCAAGUAAGAGACCACGGGGACCGAGCCGAUCCCGUCACGGUCCUCCAUCAAGGUUGUGGUCCUGUUGAUAGUCCUGGACCUCUGUCACAGUCUCGGUCUGAACAAGCCGUGGUCCUGGUUCGGUCCUUUUGUCAGCCCUGGCCUUGGCGCCUUGCAGGGUAAUAUCGUAGAGCCAAAUGCCUGACUACCAAGACACUAGGCAGCAUCUACAUCCUUAUGGUCCUGACGAUGAUACCUGUUUGAGGUCAGGUUAUCGCGAAGUACAGCGAUCAGGCGGUACUGAGUACCGACACUAAUGGUCCGGAAAUGACCCCACUGGGGUGCGGUCACGCAGUAGAUCGGUGACAGUGACGGUGGCGAUAGCGUCCGAUGCGUUCGUUCCUUGUACCAGGACGUCGAUCGGGUGUCAAAGACGCUGUUGAUGCGAGUUCGCAGAGCCUGAGCCGAUGUCUGCCAGGGUCACUGAUGUACAGAUCUCACCAUGUGUAGUGAUCGGUCUUACGGUGUGAGCCGUUAGGCGCGUCCGUAUCGAGGUGAAGUGAAGUUUGUGUGCGACUCACGGCUGGGCUGUCACAGAACUGUGGUGUAAGAUCGAUGUGCUCUUUGGAUGGUUGAGUUUUGACAUCUGAUUGGCGGAAAGCCAGUUUUGCUCACGGGCAUGAUUUGCGUACCUGGUUUUGUAAGAAGGAAACACUGGACUGUAAUUCAGAAGAUUCGGAGAUGUGUGUGUAUUUUGUAUUGCGUACAUCGUUCUGUUAACGCAGUAUGUCUCAAAAGAAGUUUGAAGGGGAGCGGUUCCAGAUAGCCAAGAGAAUGAAAUUUGACGAGUCACUGGUUUGAGAUACUCCGCACGGGGGUAGCUUUAAACGAUAUGACUGUUUCAACGUAUUGACUAAAGUGUUUAAUGAAUUCAAGGAAUAACAACGAUUGGAUUUUUUCUGGAAUUUUUGCCGUCCUUCCAAGAGGAUUUCACAAACGUUUGUGUUUAAAAGUUUAAAAAAUUGUCAUAUUCGAGUGCUUGCAUAUAUAUGACGAUGAAACUUUACAAAUAAAUGUACGCUUUGCGGA